CCCACUAAUCCUAUGACUGUGUAUACGUACUUACAUUGUACGUAUGCCUUUCGAUGAAACAUCACUUCUCUUGAAUUCGGAUUUGUAACAUCUGCUUAGGUUCCAAGUCCCGUUACUAAUACGUCACAAAAAUAAAACCUCCCGAUACUUAUAGAGUACGACAAUUCUACGAAACCUUAAGCAGUUCUAAACCGUUUUCGUGCAACAGAAAUAACUUCGAUAUAAGCUUGGAGAAAUACGAUUUGUUUGUCAUUGUUUCAUAACAAGUGCGUCUUUACUGGGCGUUUCCAACCUUACAGCUUUCUUUUUUCGUCUGUUAUUUAUCUUUAGGUUUGAUUUUUGUGCCUAGUGAUCUUGUGCCAAGUGCCUUUGCAAGAAAUCGACUAAGAUGAGUUACGGUUAUCAAGGACCACCAGUGAUUCAGUUUCCUGGCCAUGCACCACCACCAACAUCAUUUGGGGCUCCACCUGGUACACCCUCUGCCCCCGGUGCUCUGCCUUAUCCUCAAAGUGGCAACAUAGGUUUUACAAGUUCUGCUCCUGUGUCUUUUGGUAUGCCACAACCUUAUUCUCCAUAUCCUGUGCAACCUAGUCAUCCUAUGUCAAACCAAUAUCCUCCUCCAGCACCAGGAGCUCCUGUUCAACAAAUACCUUUACCUAUGCAACAAUCCCCUUCCCCUUACCCAUCCCAACAAAUGCAGCAACCAUAUCCAGGACAACCUUCUGUAUAUCCGCAACAGCAAGAUUAUAAUAUGUAUCCAAAUCUUCGGAAUGCACCAGAUGCAAAAGAAUGUUUUAAUAUACCUUCUCCUUAUACCUCUGCUUCCAAUGCUCACUCAAAUAAUUCAAGUUCCUAUCAAGGCGGAAGCUAUCCUGGGGGGCAGGGUACAGGAUAUUAUUCUCCACACACAGGUAGAUCUUCUCCCUAUCAACCUACCCCAGCCCCAGCCCCCCGGAGAAAUCAGUUUACGCCUAAGCUGUCCCCUACAGUUGUACCAUACAAUGAUUUUGAUGCCAGAGCAGAUGCAGAAGUCUUAAGGAAAGCAAUGAAGGGUUUUGGGACAGAUGAAAAAGCUAUUAUUCAUGUACUUGCCAAUCGCAGUAAUCUGCAACGCCAAGAAAUUGCAGUCCAGUUCAAAACCUUAUAUGGAAAGGAUCUUAUAAAAGAUUUGAAGUCUGAAUUGUCAGGUAACUUCGAAAGAUUAGUUCUUGCUAUGAUGAUGCCGUUACCGCAAUUUUAUGCCAAAGAAUUACAUGACGCAAUGGCGGGUAUCGGUACCGACGAAUGCGUCCUCAUAGAAGUAUUGUGUACUAUGUCCAAUCACGAGAUUCGCGUGAUUAAACAAGCUUACGAAGCGAUGUAUGGAAGAACAUUAGAGGAUGAUCUAAGAGACGAUACUUCCGGGAAUUUCAAGCGGUUAAUGGUAUCGUUAUGUUGUGCCAACAGAGAUGAAUCAUUCGACAUUGAUCAUGCAGCCGCUAUAGAAGAUGCCAAAGAACUUCUCAGAGCAGGUGAACUCCGUUUCGGAACUGAUGAAUCAACAUUUAAUGCGGUACUGGUUCAAAGAAAUGUUCUACAAUUGAAACAGGUGUUCCAAGAAUAUGAAAAUAUUACGGGACAUGCUAUUGAAGAUGCAAUCGAGAACGAAUUCUCGGGUGAUAUAAAAAAAGGCCUUCUAGCCAUCGUGAAGUGUGUCAAAAGCAGAGCCGGUUUCUUUGCUGAACAAUUAUACAAAAGCAUGAAAGGUCUUGGUACAGAUGAUGAUCGUUUAAUCAGAUUGGUUGUCACACGUUGCGAAGUGGACAUGGGAGAAAUUAAAGAAACAUUCAGACAGCUAUAUAAUGAAUCUCUAGAAGAAUUUAUAACUGGUGAUUGUUCCGGACAUUACAAGAAAUGUCUUUUAGCACUUGUUUCUUAAAACUAUAUUAACAAAAAAUGUGAGAUUAUAUCUCAUCGCAUUUAAUGGCCAAUUUGUCGAAUAUUAAUGUCUAUAUAUUUAUUUAUUUACUUGUUAUUCAUUUAAUGCGUUACAAAUGAUUUACGCUAUUAUAUUGAUAUAUUUCUAAGAAACGAAAGGAGAUUAUAAGAAUCUACAUACAAUACAGAAAACACGAAAUUUUACAAGCUUUACUUCAAAUUUGAAAUUGUUAUAUUUCUACUUAUUGAAUCUCAAUUAUUGUUAAGCACUAUUGUUAAAUACUGUAAAAGUAUUCUGAGUAAAAAUUUAUGAGAAAAA